AUAGGCUCUAUGAGCUACACAGUGACAGUCAGCAGUGUCGUAGGGGCUCCCUGGGAAAUUAUGCUGCUUUAGCUCCACCAGACGCCUGGGAUUUAUCGCGUAUAGAUGUGGGUUGUGCCAGAGUCUGACAUUUUCACGAUGGGAUUGUGGUCAAUCAGCAUUGGAGCUCUUGGUGCAGCAGUGGCUGGGAUCAUUCUGGCCAACACAGACUAUUUCCUGCCUACGACAGAAAAGGCUAACUUGGAAUAUUUAGAAGACGCGGAAUUGAAGUCUAUAGAAGAUGAGUCAAAGAAGUGCAAAGCAAAAGACCUCUGGGAAAAGAAUGGAGCAGUGAUAAUGGCUGUGCGUAGGCCUGGAUGUUUUCUAUGCAGAGAGGAGGCCUCAGAGCUCUCUCAACUUAAGCCUGAGCUUGACCAGCUAGGAGUGCCACUCUAUGGUGUGGUGAAGGAGAAGAUUGGGACUGAAAUCGAAGCGUUCCAACCUUACUUUAAAGGAGAUCUUUUUCUUGAUGAAAAGAAACGCUUUUAUGGACCCCAGAAAAGGAAAAUGAUGUACCUGGGAUUCAUACGAUUGGGAGUAUGGCAGAAUUUCCGCCGAGCCUGGAAAGCAGGCUAUGAUGGAAACCUUGAAGGAGAAGGCUUUAUUCUCGGUGGGGUAUUUGUGAUUGGCUCUGGAAACCAGGGAAUUCUCCUUGAGCAUCGUGAGAAGGAAUUUGGAGAUAAAGCAAAUUUGACGGCUGUCCUUGAAGCUGCUAAAAAGAUAAAGAGGAAGAAUGAAGUCCAUUAAAGUUGCAGAUAGUUUUCCACAUAAAGUAGUGUGUAGCAUAUUACAAUUAAUAUGAGAUUCUAUGGGUGAUAUUCAUUUUUAGCUGUUAAAUGGAACUUAUUUAUUGUUCUGAUGAUGGAAGCAAUGUUGGGUUUUUAGCCAUGAUUGUGCAUAAGACAAACUGAGGGAUGCAAAGUGCAAAGGAAAAGAAGAGGAGUUGAUGGUAACAAUCAAUUUGAUUGCCUCUUUCAUUUUCAGAAGGAGCACUGAAGUUGGAAUCUGGCUUCUAUAGGCAGCUGCUCUACUUUUCCAUUGCACAGGAUUUUUAAGGGGUAUUCCCAUCACAGACAAUGGGGACAUAUCGCUAGGAUAUGCCUCCUUUGUCUGAUAGGUGUGGGUCCCACCUCUAGGACCCACACCUAUCUCGUAAACGCAGCCGGUAAAGUGA